GGCCUCUGUCCUAAUUGCCAAUAAUCUGUCAUAAUAUGUGCUAAAGGCGCCCUCUGCAGGGGAUCUGGUAGAUCAAGUGGAACGGUUACCCUUUCCCCGGCCUAGACACUGGUCGGUUUGGUAUGGGACGGUUGGAAUUUGAGGAGCGCAAAYUGAUUCAUGCCACAAGUUGUGAUGCGUUUCGUUUGUUUCUGUAUUAGCUUACCGCUUUCUUAGCAGUUAAAAAAAUGUAUUAUGACAAACACAGCACUAGGCAUUUUCAUUCACAAAGUUUUUUAUUUCUAUUUAUGUAGACCACUGAAAAACUUCUCCCCUGAGUCAAUUUAUCACAGAUUGACAGACAGACUCGCCAAUAUUCAAAGCGGGCACCGCCUACUGCUAUGUGCUCAACCAAUACCUGUAUUCCCUCUAGCGGGGCUGGGCGGCUCGUCCGGCAUCGGUCACAAAGUAUGAGUACUCCGYCAGGUCGUAAGAGCCCCGUGGACUACGGGGUUCAGAUCCGCUUCAUCAACGACUCAGGAGGGGRGCUCCCCUCGACCCAGCUGAGAUCCAAGCCCCCCUCCACCUCUAAGUACGGGGUGGCUGUCAGGGUCCAGGGCAUCGCUGGACAACCCUAUGUGGUUAUGAAGGACGGGGGCCCAAAGGGAGAUUCGUAUGGGGUGCAGCUCCGUACCCACUACCCCCCGGGUUAYGGCAGUYUGCYCCGCAGGRGAGACRGAGAGGAGGGAGGGGGAGAGGGUGGAGGAGGGCAGGGAGGGGUGUUACGCAGGGCACAGUCACAUGGUUCAUUACUGGAGAGUGAGGGGGGAGGAGGAUUUGGGAGACCACCAGGGGAUGGGAGGUCUGGUAGCUAUGGGAACCUGGAUGGAGGGAUUGGGGAUCGCGUUGGAAGAGAGAAGUAG